AUGUCAGAGGUGGAGAAUAAUUGCCGAGUAUGUCGAGGUGAAGGAACACUUUCUCAACCGUUGCUACAUCCUUGCAAAUGCCGUGGAUCUAUUAAGUAUAUUCAUCAGGAUUGUUUGCUAGAAUGGUUGAAGCAUUCCAAUAAAUCCACAAAGAAGUGUGAUAUCUGUAAUACUCCGUAUAAAUUUCGAACUAUUUAUGACCCACAGAUGCCUGAACGGAUUCCAAUUAAGUAUAUAUGGGGAAAAUUUCUUGAAGUUGUUUCGUCGACUACCAUCAAGAGCUUGUCAAUUUUGCUCUACAUCACAUGUCUCAUAAUUCAAGUACCGCUAUUUUGGAAGUUUAUGGGCCGUAUUGCUACAUGGGCAAUUGAUGGGACGUUACCAAGAGCGAAUCCAACUUUUCUAGAGGCUUUGCUAUUUGGUGAAUUGGACUUUCUGAAUUAUGAUCUACCAUCGAGUACGACGAAGGUGUUUUUGUUCAAAUUAAGAAAAUUUGUUGAUUAUACCUAUUUCAGUGGAAUUCGUUAUAUUUUGAUGUACGUGAUUAUUCAUUUAGCUCUAUUUGUCGAACACGAAUGGGUUGUGAGAGAUGAGGGUUAUACCAAGCUUUUGCUUCGCAAAAUUGGCAAAGAGCCCAGAGCUAAAUUGGUUGAUAUGUUGCAGCAGGCAUUGUCAGGAUUAAGAAAUGAUGGCGAAGCAGGUAAUGCUGAAGCAAAUGAUAAUGUACAGAGAUUGGAAAUGAUAGCAAGAGCAAUAAAUGAUUUACAAGAGCAACCUAAUAAUGGCCAACACGAGGAAUUAUUAAGAAGAGCUAUUGAACAGGAUGAUAGGCAGAAUAAUGAACGCGAAAAUGUUGAAAAUGUGAAUCCAAACUUAUUUAACCAUGAGAAUGGGGUAGAGCAAAAUGUAAGAGAUCCAACCGACGAUGAAGUGGAACUGAAUGAUGAAAGAAGAACAAUUUAUUUGCGUCCUGAGACUGAGCAAAAUCAGGACCAGCAAAAUCAAGUAGACGGACACUUGAAUGGAGAAUACCAUGAAGAACAAAGAGACGAAGUCAGGAAUGGUAAUGCAGAAGACCUUCUUGCUCAAGCUGAUCAAAGAAUUGACCAAAAUGACUUGUUUGAGCAGAAUCCAUUUGAAGAAGUCAAUGAAAUGAAUAUGGAUGACGCCGAAGAUGACUUGAAUGGUGGAGGUGGGGACAUUUUACAGCUUUUAGGUAUGAGCUUAAAUUUGAGCAGUCCAAUUUUCCUUAUGGUUAUGUGUGACGUUAUUAUUUGCAUAUACUUAUUUGUGACAUACUUGUUUCCACAUAUGUUGGGUAGCCUAUUUGCAAUAACUACUGGUAUGACAUUAAGGUUACUAAAUUCUGUUGUAUUUAAACGGGUUUAUCCCACAUCUUUGAUAGAGAAAUUUAAUUCUAUCAUAUUUAUGGAUAAUGAUAAAAUUCAAAAGACCGGAAAUGACUUUCUUGAUUUUACUUUAUUCACAGUCUUUGAAGUUAUAGUUAAGCCAUUAUCAUCUACAUUUCGCCGUUUAAUAAUUGACCAGGAUUUAUCGCAGCCUACAUUAAUAGAAAGAAUUAUUUUGUUGACGAUUGGUUAUAGCAUUAUUGCUUUUGUUGUAUACAAAUUUAUGAAUAGUUUGAUAUCAGGAGCUAAACCAGUUAUGGGUACACCAAGGAAGCUCUAUAAAAUAUUAUUUGAAGUAGCGUCUACUACUAAAGUGUUCAUUAUAUUUGCUAUUGAGAUCUUUUUUUUCCCCGUAUAUUGUGGCUGGCUAUUAGAUUUCUGUAUUGCCCCAAUACUAUUGUCCCACUUUUCUAGUAUUAGUGAUGAUGGAUCCGUUACUUUUACUAUAUUAUUAUCUUCUGAAUUGGAAGUCUUGCAAAUUCAUUAUAUCCGCGUGGUUUUGUAUUGGUUAUCGGGAACUCUUUAUAUGCUAUUCUUUGCAUUAUUUGUUGGAAUGAUAAGGGGCCAAGUUUUGCGUCCCGGAGUUUUGUUUUUUAUUAGAUCACCAGAUGACCCUAAUGCCCGUUUAAUACAUGAUGCAUUAAUGAAACCAUUGAUGUUGCAGUUAUCUCGCAUAUAUUUAAGUGCUAAGGUAUACACUGGAUUUAUUUUAAUAGGAAUUGGAGGUGUUACAUGGGGCUUAAGGUAUUUGGUAACACCACCAAAAGAUAUUACUUACAACGUUAUGUUACCAUUGCAAAUUCCUUCUGUUAUGUCAGUUGCUAUUACAUGUAUUGCGGUGGGUGAUAUUAUUUUAAAUAAGCCUUUGAUCACAGCUUAUUGUCAGUCAUAUUGGGCAAGAAUUUUCGAAAUAUCCGCCCACAAGUUGCGUUUAUCACAUUUUAUAUUAGGAAAACCAAUAGCGCAAGAACGUGGAUAUAUUGUUUACAGAAGUGCGUUUCAUAAAUUGUUGGGCCUUUCACAACCAGACUAUUCAAAUCCAGUUACCUAUAGAGAUGCUUUACGUAUAUUUAAGACGGAUAAUCUGGUAAAUGCUUGUUUUGUUCCAGAUGGUAAUUAUGUAAGAGCACCAGAUAAUGAUACUGUUACAAGGAAAUUCAUAAAAAAAUUGUUUGUAUCGGUAACUAAAGAUGAUAAGCUAUUAUCUUCCAACGAAACUCAAGAUUCUAAUAAAAAUGGAUAUGAAACUGAUUCCGAUGACGAUGAGAUUAAUACCGAUGAUGCCUACACGAUUGUGUAUAGACCUCCAAAUUUUAAGUUAAGAUGCCUUGGUCUCAUUUGUAUGUUGUGGGUAUUCUCUGUUAUAUUAAUAUUGGGAAUCAUUUUCGCAGGUUUAAUAAUCGGGAGACCGGUUAUCAAAGCAUUUACCAUAUUGCUAGACCUUACAAUUACAACUGAAAAAUCUUUAGAUAUCUACAAUACACUUUUUACUCUAACUGAAUUUGACUGGAGGUUGGCUGAUAUAUCCUCCAUUUUUAUUGGGAUCAAAUUCGAAUUAGCCGUGUUGAAAUUUAUCGACGACCGAACCAAGCUGGCCACCGAUACAGGAGUUAAUAAUGAAGUAAACGUUGAAGGAAUUGGUGAAGUAAGAAAUGAUGAACAAGGAAUUAUGGCAUUAGGCAGAAAUUUCGUUCCUCGAUUUGGCCAAGUAAUUGUUGCCUCGUUUAUUGUGUAUUCAUUGUCGUCAGUAUUAUGGAUUUUGUGGGUUUUAUCAGUUCACAAAUUUUGUAUUGAUUUGCCAUUAAGAAUGUACACUGACAAUGUAUAUAAUAAUGAUAAUCCAGGGCAUGUGUUGAUGGAAUUUUUAUUAACAAAAACUGCAGUUGUGAUUCACCUUAUUGCUGGAUUUUGGACAGUUGUUCCAUUCUGCUUAUAUUUCACAGUAGAUUUGAGAAAUGGAAUGUUGAAUGGAUUAGGAUUUAGAGAUUCUAUUUGGAAGUCUGGCUUGAGUACAAUAUUAAUUAACUUUGGAAUUGUCCAUGUGCCUGCUAUACUAUACACUUUAUUUAAACAUCGCCAGGAAUCUUUGGAUUCAAUGAUGCUUGAAGGAAAUGAUGCAUAUGUCUGGUGCGUUACAUUAGCAUGCUUCAUAGCUAUUAAAUUAGUAACUGGGGCCAACAGAUUAAUUAAUAGGAUCAACGAGCAAGUCAAAAACGAAAGAUACGUGAAAGGAAGGGCUAUAGAAAAUAUUGAUAUACCAGAUGAACAGUGA